AUGGACACAAACAGCUCAACGCCAGGAGCACAAAACCUGAUCCAUGUUGAUGAAGAACUGAAGAAUGAUAGAAUAAGCCAGCCUGUCGUAACAUCUGCACACACAAAGACACAACUGGAGAUGUUAUUGGAGGAUCUGGGGUUGGAGCAGCACUUAACAGAGAAGCUAUCCCUGAACAGUACAGUACUUCAGAUUGAUGAGAAGACUGUUACGAAUGAACCUGCCAAGUGUCAUUCAGAUCUUCCAUGGUAUUUUCUGAAGAAACUGAUGAUGGUUAAUGUGACAGCUAGGAAUAUGAAAUGUACAGCUGCAUGUGAGUCAAACUGUGAUGAGCCGUCAGGGAAUACGGAGUUAGAUCUUGAUGAUCUGUUCGUCAGUCAACAUUCAGAUGACAUGUUAAACCCCCUUGACAUAAUCACUGCUCUCUUUCUGUGUUCUGAUGCUUUUGUACAACAGGAAAUGGCACUCAAAAUGUCUAUGUGUCAGUUUUCUGUGCCUCUGUUGCUUCCCAAUUGUGACACAAAGCAGUGCACACUCAUGCUUUGGGCCAUGAGAGAUAUUGUUAAAAUGUACAGACCUCAUUCACUUUCAGAGUCCAAAGGCUUCAUUGAACAAAGAAUUGUUCUCUCUGAACUUCCAAUGAUAUCUUUUGUGAGACUGGGUGAGUGCUCCCUGUCCAAGUCAGAGAUCCUCAAUAAGCUUCUGAGCAAUUCUCAGCAGUACCAUGAUACAUUUGUUCACUGUGACAUGGAAUGUGGUGACAGUCCAAGGAGAAUAUCCAAUGGACUGGUUGAAAUGACUUGGUACCUUCCUUGUGGGAACAAAAACAUGGAUAUUUUCAGUGAGCCAGUAGCUGUAGCUAACCUUCGUGGUGAUAUUGCCUCGUUUUAAACACAAUUUUCUUUUUUGUGUCAGACAUCAGCAGCAGUUUUUGUGUUCUUUGACAAUUUGGACUCUGAGUGUGAGCUGCUCACCAACCAACUCCACAAGGCACAGAUCUUUUUGGUUGGUAACCAUCAAUGUAAGCACUUCAGUGUUGAUGCUGUAAAGAAGGUGGCAACCAAGUUGGGCUUGAACAACAGCAACAUCCUUUUAAAGACUAAGCAGAUGAAUGAUGCAGACUUUGUCAAAAAUCUGGGGAAAACGGUCAGCAAUGUAGUUGAGAACUCAAGUAUGAAAAUGCAAAUUGAGCAGAUGGCUGAUAUUGCCCAUGAACUGGGAAUCUUGGUUGAUGAAGACUCUUCAGAGUGCCAGACUGCCAAGAAAAAUGCAGAUGCUCUGAGUGAAGAAAUUCAAGACAUCCUUACAUACAAAGACACUCAGCUACCCUUGCAAGGCCAAAUAUGGAAGGAACUGACUCGCUUAGAGAAGGAACAAUUUUGGCUCCGAAAUGUUGGGUCCCAGAACAUAGAAAACUACAAAAGUGACCUUGAGGUACAGAAAACAGAACUUAGGAAUAAACAGAACUCUUGUGACAUGUCAAAUGCAAUGACAUUUUUUAUCAACGCAAUAUCAAGCCCAGGGAUAGAGAGGUGCUAUUUCCUGAAAUGGAUGCGAAUGAACCUUGAUAACCUGUCUCGAGAAAAAUUUUCUGGUCUCCGAGAUCAGUACAAAAAGAAAUGCAAAAAUUCUGAGAACAAAGAGGAGAUCAAAGAAAUUGACAGACAACUCUCCAACAGCUCACUGGGGACUGAACACUUCUUCCGUGAAAUGGGUCAGAUCUAUGAGGCUUCACUGUCUCUUCCAGAAACAGACCCAUCACGUAAACAGUUACAACAUCUGCCCAAACUAUGUGCAGAAUUGUUACUUGAUGGAUUUCCCCUUGAGCUUGUAGAUGGAGAUGCCUCCAACAUACCUCUCAGAUGGGUGAGUGACGUCCUCUCUCAGCUCAAUGGCUUGGUGUCUCCUAAGAACAAGAUACUGGUGGUCACAGUUCUUGGAGUUCAGAGCACAGGAAAGUCUACUCUCCUCAACACCAUGUUUGGAGUGCAGUUUGCAGUCAGCAGUGGGCGAUGCACUCGAGGUGCCUUUAUGUUGCUCAUCAGAAUCAAUGAAGAU